AUGAUGUAUUAUCUAGUAUCUCUCAAUGAUUUCCUUCAUUAUAUAUCACUGGCAUUUCCUUCUCUUCCGAUUCAGCCAGUCUUUCCAUUAUUGCAUGCCUCCGAAAGCAAUGGGCCGGGAAUACCUCUCAGCGUUCUGCUCGGUAGUUUGCUCUCUAUUGCCGGUUGCGUCGUCAGAAUAUUUUGCUAUCGCACUCUGCAAGGGUUCGCGUUCGAGCUUCAAAAGUCCCCAAAACUCGCUACAAGUGGACCGUACUCGAUCGUGCGCCACCCUGCUUAUACCGGGACCUGGAUGAACUUUAUCGGGAGCGCGAUGGUCCAUUGGUGGAUACUCGGAACCGGGGUGAAGGCACUGGGAUAUGCGUGGCUGAUUGGUGUAGGAAGCGGAAUUACAGUGUUGUUAAUGCGAAUGGACGGAGAAGACGCGCUGAUGAAGAAAUUAUUCGGAAGUGAAUGGGAGGCAUGGAGUAAAGUGGUGAGAUACAGACUGAUUCCCGGAGUGUAUUGA